CGUCAAACGAAAACUCAAUACUCGACCAGUGCCGGUCUGGCCAAUAAGCGUCGAAAGAACUCUCGCCGAUCGACAUACGAUCCUAAGGCGCGUCAGUCGAGCCGCAACCGUUGAACGGUGAACAUCGUGGCACGGUCGAUAACGAUUUCGAUUGUUUGUGAGUUUGCUUUUUAGUGAAACGGAUCAAAGGUGAACGAAAUGGCCAACAACAGGGCUACUAAAUCUGGAUUUGCAGCGGAAGCGCAAAGAAAGAUUAACAGUAAAUACAGCGAGGAAUUGGCUCAAGAAUGUUUGGAAUGGAUCAAAACGAUCACUGGUGAGAAUAUAAAUACUAACGGGGACAUGGACAAUUUCUAUGAAAUUUUGAAAGACGGAGUCCUUCUUUGCAAAUUGGUGAAUGAUAUUAAAGAAGGAUCCGUGAAGAAAGUUAAUAAGACCAGUUUAGCAUUUAAAUGUAUGGAGAACAUCAAUGCGUUUCUCGAGGCCGCGAGAACAUUAGGUGUCCCAGCCCAAGAGACCUUCCAAACUGUUGAUCUUUGGGAAAGACAAAAUCUCAAUUCAGUCGUAAUUUGUUUGCAAUCUCUCGGUAGAAAGGCGGGUAAUUAUGGCAAACCAAGCAUCGGACCAAAAGAAGCGGACAAAAAUAUACGUAAUUUUACUGAAGAACAAUUAAGGGCUGGACAGGGUGUAAUUAGUUUACAAUAUGGCAGUAAUAAAGGUGCUAAUCAGAGUGGCAUUAAUUUCGGGAACACUAGACAUAUGUAAAUCUAUUCGUCUAAAUGCCAUUCACAAAAAUUCCAGUUUCACUCUUGUCUCUAAUUUUAUCUUUAUGAUAUACUAGACUUACGGAAAAAAUUUUGUUGUACAACAAUAUUUCUUAUCGUGGUCCAAAUGAUUAAUUCUAAAUGGUGCACAAAACUCAUUUUUGCGCAUAGAUGAUUUUCUAUGUAUUUAAACAAAAAGAUAGAAAAGUACAACAUAAAAAUUUUUGUACUUCCUUUUUAAAGAAAUAAGCAAUCUCAAAGUUACAUAUAAAGUUAUGUCUAUUCUAAAAAUUCGAUAUAUACUUUAAAACAUAAUAUAUACAUUAUUAAUGUAUUAUAAAGAUUCUUUAACAAAAAAACAAUUUAUUUGCAAAUAUAAACAAAAAAAAAUAUGUUGUGCUACUAAACACAAUUGGAUAAUAUGACUAUAUAUUUGUUAAAUAUGACAGAUAAAUUAUGAAACAGAGCUGUGGCUUUGUCACUGUUAUUAUAAAACCCUUUACGAGUUACAGUGUAACCAAAUUAUACUUUAAAAGAUUCGUUGCGCGUAAGACGAUAACUAUUAUAGUUAUUGUAUAAUGAUAAAUGAUAUAUUAUUAUAUUAAGUAUUUUGUACAAAUAUUUUUUGAUGAUUAUAAAAAUAAUUUUUCAUAAUGUAAUGAUAAUAUGAGUUAAUAAAUGACUUAAAAAGACAUAAAUAAA